AUGCCUUCAUUCCUCCGUCCGAUCCGACGUCGAAUACGACGUUGUAUGUUUAUUCGGUAAGUCGGAUCUUUUCAAAAAUAUGGCCGAUUGAUUGGGCCAAUCAAAGGGCAACUUUUGUUUUCCAAUCUCCACUGCACGGUUAAAAGCGACUAAACAAACAUUCGAAGUCAGGUUAAAUGCAGGGCAUUGCCUGCAAAAAAUUACAAUUUGGGGUGGAAUUUUUUGGUAAAAACAUUAUUUACAAAAAUGAAAAAAAAUGGCGUCUGCAUUCCUUUGCAAAAACAAAAAAAUAUUAAACUGGCUCUACCGCUUUGUUGUUGCUCCUGUGAAGGUCGUGUUUUUUUGGGAAUUUUGUAUUUUUUGGAAUUUUUCCACUCUUCCUAUAGCUUGGCAAUCUCAGAAAAUUUCGCCAAGAAGGGUUGAAGCUUCAAAGGGGACUCCUGAAAUAUCACCAAGGAAAAAUUUGUGUUUUUCGGGCGUCUUCUUGGCUCAUUCUUUUUUCCCCGUUUUCCCUUCGCCCAAACAAAAUUGUUUUUCACGCGCUUUUUUUAUUCCAAAACCUCGAAAUUCGGAGAGUUUUGGAUUAAAGAUUUCAUAAAAUUUUAUGUUCUGUGGUUUUUACUUUACCAUCGUUUGGUUUUUUUGUAGUCAUCUUACGUAAUCAAGUGCUAUAUCGAAGACAAAUUGACAAGAUGCGUAGAAAUUGUAGAUUAAGAUUUAAAUAGCAGUAUUAUGACUUAAGGGCAUUCGUUUUUGUAUUUUCAAGGAAUAAACACCAGCGAAAUGACUGUAAUUGUUAGGUAUAAGGAAUUUUAUGCAAUUCAGAGUAAAAAUUAAAGCGUAUGAGUGGUAAAUCAAAGCUGUAAUUUCAAUUCCAAUUCCUCGUUUAAACUUUUUGUGUAUUCUUCGACCUUUUAUGGUAUUUUCAGUCCAAAUUUGGGGUAAACAUAAAGAGGAUUAUGAUAUUUCGACAAGGUUGGCGCGUAAUUCGAAAAAAGUUUUAAGCCGUAAUUUGGAUCCCGUUUGCCAUUAAGCACAGCAACGCUCAUUGAAUUGCUUGUUAUUUUUACCAUCUGCUACACUUUUCUUGCCUUUUUUAUCCAUAAAAGGGCAAAAUUUCGUAACUUCCACCUGCCUGUGUUAAGGAGUCGAAACUAUAAUCUUUAUUCCUACACAUUUUAAUUUUACACUCAAUCCCAUUUCGUAUUUGUCUCCAGAUGUAAUAGACCCCAAUGGAACUUCACUUUAAUUCAUUUCUUAUAUUGCACGUUGCUUUUACCCAAAAAAUGCAGCUAAUUUCAUGUUUGAAAACAUUUUCUUGGCCUAAACGCACAUUAAACAAGUAAAUGUUUCAAAAAUCAUCCAUCUGGAAGUUAUGUUUUACGUGAAAGAAAAGAGCAAAAGGUUAUAUGUGGUUUGACCUGUACAUUGCAAGACUUGUUCAGAAAAAACAUCAAAAUGUAAUGCUUAUGAUUAAUGAUGGGUUAAAGAAUGAAUUAAGUGGUAGUUCAAGGUUUAAUCCGCCGAUUUUGAGCAAGUUCCUCCAAAUCAUUCUCCACUUUAUUUGCUCUUCAGCGUAAACAUUGAAUGUCUGGUUAAUUUUGCAAAGUGGAACUAAACUCUUCAAGGAUGACAGUACCGCCAAUAACUCUCUUUUUUUGGCUCUAAACAACGUAAUCUCCACUUUUCAUACUUUUCAACAAAACACUUUCGAUUUCUCAAAAAUUUCCUGUGUUUAUCAGCUCCCGACUCGCUCUUAUCUUAGUCCAAUUACUAAAUUUUCCCUGUUGAUAAACCUGCAGAAUGUCUCUUACUUUGGCUCCAAGCAGAUCAAAGAUCUCGGCAUCAUCCAAUUUGAAUUCACCUGAUUUGCAAUUUGAUUAUUUUAUUGCAAAAUCCCACGUUUAUUCGUUAAACCUUGGUCAUUUUGGAUGAUCCCGGGAUUACGCUUGGAGCUGCAAAUAUUAUUUUAGGGUUAUGAAAAACGUGUUAUUUGCGACGAUGAUGACGGUGUUUGUUAUGGGUAUUUUGGGGAUUAUAGGGUGCUAAAAGGAAAGGCUUCUGUUUGUCUGGAAACAAAAACAUUUUUGAGACAAAACAAAGUAUGGAAAAAAUAUUCGGAAUUUAUGAGGAAAAACAAACUUGUCAUUUCAGCCAUCCAACUCUCUGAAUUUCCGUUAUUUCUUUGGAAUAUUGAAUUUUCUCCUCUUUAUUUCGACAAGUACACCCUCUCAGACGAACCGCACCCUGAUAACCACUACAUCCCUCCUUUUUCAACCUUCUAACUUGAUCUCCAACCCUUCUCCAUCAUUCCCAAAGCUCUCUGAUAAAACUUAAUCCAUACAUGCUCGAUACGUAUUGAAACGACUAAAUUGCGUGAAUUCUCCCUGUUUUAAUGCAAUAUUAAGCUGGAUCGCUUGGAAAGCGGUUUCUGGAGUUUUCAACAUUCCCAGCACAGUGUGAAGUCCCGUUCAAUUUGUCACUUUAAACCGGGCCCUCGGGGCAGAAUGGACUGAUAACGCCAAAAAUAAAACCCAAAAGAGAAUUUCGCAAAAGAUCUUUUUGUAUUCCGCAGACGUCGCUGAUUGCAGGCCGGCGGACUGAAAGUGCUGUACAGGUUGUGGAAAGAGGUAAGUCAACGGGAAAUUGGGAUUUUUAACGCCGUUAUUCGUUGAAAUUAUUUCUCAAAAAUGCCGUAUGCGCUUAGAUAUCUUAUACCUUUAUUGACAGCCAAUUUUAUAAAAAAUUGAUUGUAAAAUGGGGUCUGGAAGCUGUAAAAGUCAAUGGAGUUAUACACCUGUCAAUUUAAUAGCAAAAAAUGGACCGAAAUACGUGUAAAAGGUGGUUUUCUUUUGGUUGACGGUCUUUAUUUUGAGAUAAUCGCACUUAUCAUUCUUUUAUAAGCAUUUUAGUUAGGUACGUAGAUGUUUUGUCCUGGCUGACAGUUAGGUCUGGACCCCAAGAACAAUGAUUUUGCUAAGAAACAAGUAUGGUGUUCAAAGGAAAAAUGAGGGGAAAUGUUUUGUAUAUGCACCAAAUAACGUUGAAAUUAUAAAACUAAUAUAAUAUAGCAGCCUUUCAUAGUAUGCAAAAAUUAAUUGAGAUUUUUGCGAGCACCUAUUAGCUAUUGUUAUUCUGGAGUACACCUGCGGGUCAGGCAAGCUUCUUUUUUGACCCGGCCCGUUCCGAAAAGCCAGGUCUACUAAUUGUAAGCCCCAUUUUGAGGUCUUUCUUGUAAACAGUCUUAUAGAAAAGUCGCGAAUUUUCUUACUAGCGACCCCAUUUCUUCCAAACCUGUUCCAUAAAUCCACGUAUUCUGUCCUUCCUAUGACCCCAUAUUUAUUACAACCCCACACCCAAAGAGUUCAAAACCGUCUCUGAUUAACCGCUUUCUCGUUUUUUCUACAAUAACCACUUUCCCUUUUGUUUUUCUCAACUAAUCAAGGAACACGCCGACGUGUCAUUGCGCAAAAACGUCGCGGAAAGACAACUUUCUGGAAGCGUCGUCAGCGAGGAAUGUUUUCGCAGACAAUCGAAUGUCGCCUGAGGCGAGUCGCUUCGGACUUUUUUGUCGACAAAAAAGGCGGAUUUUUUAGCGCGGUCUUUGGGAUUUCGGUAAAAAAUUUGAUUCUCAAGGGUUCCAGAAGGGAGGAAGUUGAAACCGCGGCUUGAUUCGGAGUUCAACCUGCUGAUUUUUCAGCGAAAGGUCAGGCCUGAACAAGGCAUGUUUUGCCUCAGAAAUCGCCUUGAAUAAAUCGAUAAUGCUUCCAAAGCAAAAUAUUUCUAUUUUCGAAUGAAAUUACUCGUAUUUUACAAAAAGAAAUUUCCCGUUUUCACAUUAUUUAUAACUAAAACGACUGCUGCCUUUUUAAUAACCAAGGAGACCCCCUUCCCUCAAAAAAUCCCUUCUAACUCGUGCUCUUUCCUCCAAAACCCUUUGAAAACCAUUCCAGAAACCCCAAAAAUCGCGGAAUUACGUGAGAAUUCGUAAAAUUUUGCCACUCGCCUACACUUUCCCCAAUCCCCCGAUCUGUUCUCCGUUUCUUUCGUCCGUUCUAAUCUCUGCUCGAAAAAGAAGUCUGUUUCUUUUUGGGGGCAAAAGGUGGAGAUUAGGUCAGGGAUUUUGGAACGAGAAGGCUUUCGGUUCGGAAAUGAGUUUAUAAUUUUUAAAGGGAUGAUUUUUGAACUUUUUGAAGACGUUAUUAGGAAUGUUUUUAGUUAGAAAUAGUUUCGUGAGCAUCUUAAGAAAACAUGAUGAGAAUUGUAAGCAAAAAAAUCAGUUUUUAUUACAAUUUUAGCGAUUUUUGGGGCUACAAAAGAAAUUGUUAUGUUUCAGUUAGUCCUAGUUUGUUCAUAGAGUUUAGCAUUAAGGUGGCUUUAGAAUAACUAUCCUUUCAGAAAAGAUAAAGGCAUUUUUCAAACACUUUCAUCUCAAAUUUCACUUAAAUCUCCCUUGUUUUUCCUAUAUACCCAUAUAACUCGCCCUCAAGGCUAAUUGAAUGCCACAAAUCUCCGCGUUUACAAAAUCUCUCCCAUUUUUCCCUUCUUCUUAUGGAUUUCUCCCGUUUUUUCCUUUGGAAUUGGCGUUCGGUUGACUAAUUUCAAUAAACCCUUCUUAUUUCUCUCUCUUUUUCAGAUUCCAAAACAUCUUCUUGCAUAAUUCGGACGUUAAACGUCUUUUCAUCCUCUAUUCAUAAUAGGAAUCUAGAAAACUCGUUAAAACUUCCAUAUCUGCUGAGAUUAAAUUGUCUUUCUAGUAGGGUAAUUUUUGAAGGUCUUGUGGUAAAAUUGUGAGAGUUGUCAUUGUACUUAAAGAAUUUUCCGGUAGUCUAACAGCCUCAUAUUGUAUUCAAAAUUUAACUCUUCUGCCAUAGUCAUCAAGAAAUUCUCCCGGCUAAUUUUAUUUAAAUCACCAUUAAUCCGACUUUUACUAAAUACAAUAUCUUGCCUAAAAUAGCUCUUGGCAACUCUGAAUACGCAUUAUUAUUCACGUCAAGGUCUUGUAUUUGAUAUCAAAAAUACUUUUAUUUUUUCUCCCUUACGUUUUUCUCUUUCCUUUACAAAUUCUGGCCACCCUCUUUUGGCCCUCCAUUUCUGCUCGAACUGUGCCGAAAAGUCGGCAGUAGUGUAAUUUCAAGGUGUGUUUUGGAGUUUUCUACUUGAUUCACAGCUUCUGGAGAUUUAAAAAUGUAAGUGAUAUAUGAAGAUGUUUGCGAGGAGCUAAGUAUUAAAUUUGAGGGAAAAAUGAGAAAAUAGUGGGCACUUGGCAGAAAUAAAAAAUUGUCGAAAAUUUUCACAACAAGAGGUAUUUAAAAUGUAUCUAGAAAAUUUCCAUAAAGAAUUAGUAAAGUAGAUUACCCCAUAAUCUAUCGAUGGAAAAGCGAAAAUCAGAAAUUGUUUUAAACGUGAGUUUUGGCGGGUCUACACCCCCUUGAGGUCCACUAUUCUCCCUCUCCUACACGUAUUAUUUUGUACAUUGCACGUUUUGUGUUGUAAACACAUCUAAACCGGAUGUGUAUAUAUAUUAAGCGGUCAGUGAAAGAAGAUGUAAGUCUGUAAAAAUUAAUUUUAUUGUGAAGUGGAUUUCUUAGAAUGGUUGCCAAAAUUUUAUGAUUAUAUUUUUUAAGGUUUUUUAAUUGCCAUUACAAAUUCAUCGACAUUUUAAUUGACCUUUUGAUGAAUUUUUAAUGCAAAUUUUAAUCUCUAAACUUUCCAAGAUUCCAAAUUUUUACUGUCCAUUUUUGCAUCCCCAAAAGUAGAAAAGUUAAACAAAUUUUGAACGUCUCCUUUUUAUUUCCCGCUUCCGUUUUCGGAUCCCAAAAAAAGUAUUUGGAUCCGGUUUGGGUCCAUCGGGGAAAAGGAAACUCGGAGAGACGAUUUUAUCCCUGAUAUUGCCCGGUUUUCGAUCCCUUACAAUAAGAGGGGACAUGCGUCGCUUUCUGAUCUCUUUUACCUCAAACCUAUUAUUUUUUGCUGGAAAAAAUUGACUUUUGAAAAUGUUUGGGAGUUAUAAGAGAGGGGAAAUUCGAAAAUUGCUUUGAUUUUUUGUUCGGAAAAUGGCUCAUGAUGAUGUCAUAGGUCAAAAAAAGUGUUCCUGAAACAAAAAAAGAGCCUUGGAACCUUCAAAAUUCUAUUGGCUUGUGAUUCUACAACCCUUUUUUCAAUUUUUUUACAAAAACGUUUGAAAGAAAACUUACUUUACAGCUUUUGACCUGCUAAAGUUAAUGUUUCAAAGUAAAAAUCAAUCAAAAAGUUAGGAAAAGGGUCUCACUCAUACAGUCUAUUGAUUACGACUCUUUUCAUUUCAGGCCAAUCUCAAAUUUUGUGCGACGGCGUUGCAGAGCAUCGCAGCUUCCGGCGGAAAAGUGUAAACGAGCCAGACCAGAGUCCGAGUCCUCGGAUUCGUCGUUUUCGUCGUUGGGUUCGGACAUCAGGGAGGCCAAAGAACGAGAGCCAACUUGCUCCUGUUCCCUGCUCGAUUGGUUGUUUGACAUGGCCGAGAAAAGCAGCGGGUAAGUGAGGAUUGCUAAUAGUCUUUGAUGGAUCUAAAUACCACAGUAAAAAGCUCAAAAUUGUAAAAUUUCUACCAUUGUUCCUACUUUAAAGUAAUUUAUUUUUAUUUUCAGAAUUUCCCGUUCCUUUCUCCUCUUAUAUUGUGGAUAUGGAAUCUCAUGUAUCGGCGAUCGCCUUUGGACUUUCGCCAUUGUAUUUAUUUUGGAGCGUUUGGGAGGAAUGAGACUGGUCUCGAUCAAUCAAUUCAUUGAGGCCAUCUCGGCAAUGUUAUUGAGUACUUACAUUGGGAAUUGGAUGGAUCGCAGAGAUCGGAGACAUGGUAAACUUUCGCUUUCUUUAACACCCAAUUUUAUAUUUCAAAGACAUAAUUUCAAUAUUGUAGGUACUCUGACCGUUCUCGCCUUCAACAACAUCAGUGUCGCUCUAUCAGCCUCCAUGUUGCUGAUCUGCCUCUCUUCCUAUGGAAGCACCUCCUGUCUCCUGUAUUUUACCUGCAUUACACUCUCUAUUUUCUUUUGUGCCCUCUCCAAAUGCGCAUCUGAAGCCGAGAAAUUCUCAUUUACAAAAGAUUGGAUAGUAGUAUUGACCAAAAAAGAAGACCAAUCUCAGCUCUCGGCCAGAAACGCGACAAUGACAGUGAUCGACCAGUUGAGCAGUGUGAUAGCGCCGAUUGUCACUGGAUAUUCGCUGACCUGUAUGGGCUACAAAGGAGCUUGUCUCUUCUUUGUGGCUUGUAAUUUAUUCUUCUGGGUGGUGGAGAGAACUUUGCUGGCCAAAGUUUAUAAUGAAGUUGACGAAUUACAUGUUAGAGAGAGGGUUAGAGGUAAGAAAAUUGACUAUAUCAGUCUGUCGAGAAAAUCAUGACUCUGCGCAGAAUUUCGUCAAGAUCUGAGCGUAUUACUCUGAGAUUGCAGCCUUGAAAACGACGACAAUAUUUUCCAUAUUUUAGAUGAUGAAUCCGUCGAAAGAGAGAUUGAAUUUCUCACUCACACGGAUCGUUUGCCAGUCCACAAGCGUCUCUGCAAGAUGAUUCGCGCUUAUUGGCGCCAAUCCGUUUGUCCUGCUGCUUUUGGUCUGGCCAUGUUGUACAUGACGGUCCUUGGUUUUGAUGGCUUGGCCAUAAGUCAUGCCAAGAGCCAGAAUCUCCCAGAUGACGUCAUUGGAUGGUUCCGUUCUGCUGGUAGUGUCCUUGGAAUCGCUGGAGCUUUCACUUACACCGUGUCGGAGCGAAUUGUUGGUGUGAGGAAGACCGGUGUUGUUGGUCUCAUUGUAAGGGAUUUUUGGUGUUUCUACUUUAGAUCAAUUCAGCGCGUAUAUACCGUUAUUUUAUUUUUAGCUUCAACAAACCUUCCUGUGGCUCUGUGUAAUCUCAAUUGCAUUGCCGGGAAGUCCUUUUGAUCCUGAAGGUUAUAGAAAGGAAAUUACGUUGGAGGUAAGUUGAUUUUAUUGUCAGCAAAAAUGAGGCACAACGUAUUUUACAAUUCAUAUCUUUUCAGAAGUGGUGGGAGCAAUUUGUGGAUGCAUUCGCCGCGAAUCCUCCAGAUUCUCCGAUUCAAAAAAUCGGGGAUAACAUCACGAUGAUCCCUACACUCCCAUCUCUCCACACCUCCGCCGACGUUGAUUGGUCCGCAUUAACGAUCCAUGGAUACCCCCUUUUCUCAGUUUUAGUAUUUUUGUCUGGCCUCACCUUGGCCAGGCUUGGAUUAUGGAUGGCUGAUUUGUGUAUCACUCAGCUGAUGCAAGAGAAUAUUCCAGAAGAAGAAAGAGGCACCGUCUUUGGAGUCCAGAAUGCCUUCUGUCAGCUGUUCAACGUGCUCAAAGAUAUCAUUGUAAUUGUGUUCCCGGAUCCGAGAACUUUCGGAUUCUUGAUUAUUAUGAGCGUGUUCUUUGUGACCCUUGGAUUCGCGACGUAUUGCGUUUACUUGAUCAAGGUGAGUGACAUGAAAUCUUAGGGGUUUUUCGAGGGUUCGCAUGACUGGCACAGAAAAUGCCGUUAUAAAAAAUCCGUGAUGAUUAGUAAAUUUAUUUUUCAGACUCGCAAGCACUGCCAGAAGGGCAAUCUCAGCCUGAAAGGAGCCCCAAUCCAAGAGAUGACUCCAUUAAAGCCAGUGGAAUCAGAUUAA